AUGCUAUUUAUCUCCAUUCUGAUCGUGAUGAUAAUGGACCACAAAUUGAGUUUGAAGCUUCUUUAUGAUGUGUUCUUUGUGCUUCUUAUAUUCCACAAGAAGCCUGGUGGAGCUCCUGGAUUUGUUGCAGGAGUUGGAGGGGUAAAAGUCAAGUGCAUAGAGAGGGAGAGACAAGCACUGCUCAAAUUCAAACAAGAAGUUAUAGAUGACUUUGAUGUUCUUUCUUCUUGGAGCACUAGCGAUUGUUGCCUCUGGAGAGGAGUUGGUUGCAGCAACAGGACUGGCCAUGUCACUGUUCUCGAUCUUCAAGCUCAACAUGGUGAUCGCUUGCAUCUGGGAGAGUGA